UCUGCUGGCCGGCGAUGAUGUCACGGGCUCAAAUAAUCCACUGAAAUUUUUCUUGACAAGACAAAAACAGAAAAAUAUAUUUGUCUUUUAAACUUGACAAUUUAAGACUCUAGAUAUAAAUUAAAGAGGCAUAAUAGCUUGUGUAAAAAGACAUAUAGAAGAAGGUAAGAUAAUAUAUCCUACCAAAGUUCGAUUUCAAGACGACGGGCUCGGAGGACAACGAGGACCCCGUGUUGAAUCGAAAACGAUUGUGUUGUGGAAAUAUGGCGAUCAAAUGCCUUCAUUCACAACACAAAGACAACGAAACUCAGGCUAAAACUAGUAAAAUGGACCCAGAGCAAGAACAAGAAAGCGAACAGAAAAACGGUGUUGAAGAGCAGUUGGUUCAACUGCAGUUUAUCAAGCAUGACUGGUUUGAACAGGCAAAAGAUCUCUUAACAAUCCACAUCUACGUGCGCCAACUGAACAAGGAGGUGCUAGAUGUUGGCUUGUUUGAAAAUGAGCUCCAAUUGAAAUUUGCCACAAGUCAUGCAGAGUUCCUCAAGCUGCACCAAGGGUCAACUUCCAACACAAUAUUUUGCUGGAACAUCAAACUGAGGCAUGCCAUCGACAUUGCAAACUGCUCAUUCAAGAUCCUCACCCACAUGCUAGAAGUCAACCUGAAGAAAAAGGCUCCUGGUCGCUGGGGAUCACUAGAACUACCAAACUUUCCAGGACUAUCACCUGCUGCUGCUGGGAUGACCAAACAAUUCACAUCAGUAAAACCAGAAUCUUCUCCAAGAGCUGCCAGUGCAGUGAAUGGAGAGCACAAUGGGUUUGCUGUUAAUGGGACUCAUUCACCUUAUACAGGCACGGCGGACCCUCAAAUGUGCAAUGGCUCUUUCCCCCUGAGUGAAUCAUCUUCAAACAGCCAUCCCUCUCCUCCUCCCCCUCCCCCUCCCCCUCCCCCUCCUCCUCCUGCGAAACCAAGUGCUUCAAAGGAGGCAGUGAAGGGAGGUAGCCACCAAGGCCAGGUGGGGUUUUCUGAAGCCAUCAAGUCUGCCGCAGAUAAUGGCAUAAGCACCAUCAAGGUGUCAUCUGAGCUUGAGGUUAAGCCAGGGUUUACUGGGCUUGACAACCUUGGAAAUACAUGUUAUUUGAACUCCAUUGUACAGUGCCUGGCAAAUUCAAGACACCUGAGAGAUUACUUUUUAAGUGGAGAUUACAAAUCAGAACUAAAUGCUGAUAAUCCACUAAGUUUUGGUGGCAAGCUGGCAGUGAUCUUUGGCAACUUGUUGAAGAACAUCUGGUCUGGAAGAUCAAGGUCUAUCCCACCUCAGAAACUCAAGACCAUUAUUGGAGAAAAAAUCUGCCAGUUUAGGGGGUUCAUGCAGCAAGAUGCUCAAGAGUUCAUGGCGUUUUUGCUUGAUGGUUUGCAUGAGGACUUGAACCGUGUUCUGAAGAAACCAUACACUGAAGAGGUCGAAGGUGCUGGCAAACCAGACCAUGAGGUGGCAAAUGAGGCGUGGCGACGGCACAGGAGCCGAAAUGACUCCAUUAUCGUGGACAUGUUUCAGGGUCAGCUGAAAUCCAAGCUAACAUGUCCGGUGUGCAAGACUAUCUCCAUCAAGUACGACCCAUUCAUGAACUUGUCUGUGCCUCUGCCCAAGGAGAACAAGUUGCUGAAAGUGGUGGUGUUCUUCAAGGACACUUCCAGAAUGCCCCUUAAGAUGACAGUAAAAGUCUCCCAGGAUGGUUCUGUUGAGCAACUCAUGGCAGCUGUGGAAAGGAAGACUGGGAUAAGAGUCCAGAAUAUGCGUGUGGUUGAGGAAUUCCAGGGAAAGUUUCACAAGGUUUUUCAGAGGAACAGUAGCCUUUCAUCAGUCACUGCUACAGAUAACAUCUUUGUAUUUCAGGUGCUGGGUGUUGAGGAAGCUGAAGAGGAGGUUUAUGAGGUGUCAAUCAUGCAGCGUGUACACUACCCUGCCAAGAUACCACUACACUGUGCCGACUGUUUCACAAACCAGAAUCCAGCAGAUCCACUUAAGCGCUGCAUGAGAUGCUAUGCCAUAGGAUACUGCAACAAAAAAUGCCAGGAAAAGCACUGGCCAACACAUCGCAAGGUCUGCAAGGUCAAAUCUGGCCGUCACAUGAUCGGGUUACCCUUUAUCGUCAGCAUGCCUGCCUCCCAGGCUACCUACACAAGACUCAAAGACCUGGCUGAGGAAUAUGCUCGACAUUCUGUAGAUGUUCGUGAUGGUGAAGACAACACCACAAAGACGAGUGACCCGUCAAGUGCUUGUGAAACAGAUAACUCGUCAUCUGAUUUGAUGACUGAGACCCACCCUCGGUUCUUCAUCAAGCCUGUAAAUGGCCAGGGGGAGGGUCUGACAGGCCCUGAGGGGACACGGAUCACAGACCAGGGGGACCAACCGCUGGAGCUGGGUGGACGAAUGCUGGCUCUUGAUUGGCGGAAUGCACCACGUAUGCAAGAUUACGUCAUUGUCAGCGGUAAACCCCUGGAAUGCGAAGAGCUCCCCUGCGAAUCUGAAGAGCUCUCCUCUUCUUACAGCUGCACCCUGCGUGAAUGUUUUGAGCUGUUCACAGAACCUGAGACACUCGGCGAAGAUGACGCAUGGCACUGCCCUAAGUGUAAGAAGCACCGCGAGGCCACUAAGCAGAUGUCCUUGUGGCGUCUACCCGACACUCUUAUCAUCCAUCUCAAGAGAUUCUCGUUCAAGAACAUCCUGUUCAGGGAUAAGAUCACUAAACUCGUCGAAUUUCCUGUCAGGGGCCUGGACAUGACACCGUUCUGUCUCGACAAGGGCCGCCUGGGGGGAGACGUGUACGACUUGUAUGCCGUCGCUAACCACGUGGGUAACGUGAACUUUGGUCAUUAUACCGCCUACGGUCGGCUUCCGCCCGCAGCAGGGCACUCGGACGAGAUUGGCUGGCGUUACUUUGACGACCGUAACGUGACGGUCACGGCAGAAGAACGCGUCGUCUCCAAGUACGCAUAUGUGUUGUUCUAUCAGCGACGACCAACUGGUCCCCAAACCACAGGGAUCCCACCACCAGGCAUAUCAUUACCAAAAACGGCCAGCGGACAAACCUCCAAAGAGCAUGCGCAGACGGCGGCAACUAGCGAAACCCACGAAGGUACACCUACAACCCAUUCGUCAGCGCCUCCGGUCAGCAAUGGAAUUAGCGGUCAGGCGUCAUCAGAGCAUGCGCAGCGUAAAGACGACUCUUCGAAUUCAAGUGAUGAUGAGCUGGAAUCUUGCCGAUCAAAGUCAGCGGAUGUCCCCAUGAGCAAUGUCACGCUGUCAUCUGUUGACUCGUUGCAUGACUCGUUACGUGACAGUACCGCGGGGUUGUCACGCAGUCUUGUGGACGUGGAUGAAUGUGAAUUAGACUGAUAAUAUUUUAAGGAAUUUUGAUUUUUUUUCCAAGUGAUGUACAUUUUUGGGAGGGGAAUAAAGACUGCACAAACUAA